UUUAAAAUGUUAAAAUGAAUUGUCAUAUAAUAAUUUUUAUAUUUUUUAAAUAUUUUGAUACGAAAUAAACAUGAUACGGGUACACUAGAGAUUCUUACCAACUUGAAAAUAACAUUGAUUCUCACCAACUUGAAAAGAACAAAAUGAAAAGCCCUACCUACCUGGAAAAAGAAGAGAAAAUAUAAAUGAAAACAAAAGAAAGCUCCUUACCAACUUGAAUGCGGAAAAUAGAGCAGAAAUAGUUAACCAUGUUGGCAAAAAAGCUCAUUUGGGCCCGGCUCCAUCUUGGGCACCGCCAUUCCGAGUCUCCUCUUGUUUCACACGAGCGGUUUUUUGUCCAUUUCCCGCUAUAAAGUUAACAACGGUAUUCGACUUAAGGAAGAACUCUCUAUUGAAUUGAACAAAAGCACAAGGGAAAAAAAAAAAAAAAAGAAGGAAUUUCGACCUGAAUUAGAAAUCCUUAGAUCAAAAUAACAACGAUGAUGGAAGGAUUUGUUUUAUUUUUGGUUGCAGCUGUUUCAAUGGGCGUGACCAACCUAGCGAUGGGUCAAGAAAUUAGUAGUUCGAAUGUGUCAGCAAUGUACGUGUUGGGUGAUUCUUCAGUGGAUUGUGGAGUCAACGCUCUGUUUUACCCAAUCUUUCAUCAAGAUCUUUCUUUGCUUCCUUGUAAUGGAUCCAAUUCCAUUCUUCUUCCUUAUCUUCUUGCUGAGAAAAUGGGUUUACCAUACACUGAACCAUUCUACAGCCAGAAUGGGUCCGUUGAGGGUUUGCUAAAUGGUGUGAAUUAUGGGGCAGCACAAGCUACAAUCCUUAGCCCCAGCAGCAUGAGCCACCAGUCCCUGAACCACCAGCUAAGGCAAGUAUUUGAGACAAUUCAGCUGUUGGAGCUACAACUCGGCCAGGAAAGCUCUUACCAUUUUGUCAGAUCCUCCAUAUUCUACCUCUCCUUCGGUCAAGAUGACUACAUAGAUCUGUUUCUCCGCAAUUUUUCAGGUGUAAUGGUCAGAUACAGUGGUCAUGAAUUUGCUAAAAUUUUGGUUAACCAGAUGGUACAUGCUAUAAGGAACCUUUAUGACAUGAAUGCUAGAAGGAUUGUAUGCGUGGGAAUAUUACCUUUGGGAUGCACCCCAAGUUUAUUGUUGCAGUGGCACAAUCCCACAGCUAGAAGCAACAUUGAUGAUGGAACAGGUUGUGUUGAGGAGAUAAAUGACCUUGUUUUGCAGUAUAAUAUAAUGCUAGAAGAAAGCAUAGUUAGGAUCAAUGAAGAGUUACCUGAUGCACUGAUAGUCUUCUGUGAUCUGUACCAAGGAGUCAAGAAGAUCAUAACCUACCCACAAUUCUUUGGAUUUGAGGAUGCAAAAAGUGCUUGCUGCGGGCUUGGCUUGUAUGGGGCUGAGAUUGGAUGCCUUUCUUCAGAUAUGGCCUGCAACACUGUUUCAUCUCACGUAUGGUGGGAUCUGUAUAACCCAACACCAGAAGUGAACUCCUUGCUUGCUGAUUCAGCAUGGUCUGCUGAAGUCUUGUCUAACAUUUGUCGUCCUACUACCGUCAAGAAUCUGGUUUAUACUUCAGUAUCCCAUCUUACCUGAUCCUCACAGAUUUCAUAAUUUCU